CAGACGGACUAUCGGUUGCGUCGCGCAUAUAAUUCCCUAGAAUCGCCGGAUUUUAUGCAUGACUCUGGACAUGGAACAGGGUGAUCCGACCAGUGACGGCGCCGGAAACAACUCGAACCCGCCGUCGGCUCCGGUUUCCGGAACUCCUGGCGCGGGCACCAACGGCAACGCCGUUUCGGCCACGAUCGUUCCGGUUCGGACUGAUAAACAACCGCUGAAAGUAUGCGUUACCACGCAACCACACGUGCUCCUCCAGAGGAACUCGCUGUCGCCUUCGGUUCCCACACCAAGGAAGAUUAUGAGCAAGAACAACAACAACACCAUAUUUCCUACGUCCUACCCGAACAACCAAGCUGAGUUGCAGUUGUUUCGUGUAAUGCAGAAUGCUUCUUUGCUUCUCUACUACGACACGCUUCUCGAGAUGGGAGGCGACGAUGUCCAACAACUGUGUGACGCUGGAGAAGAAGAGUUCCUGGAGAUCAUGUCCUUGGUGGGGAUGGCGUCCAAGCCUCUGCACGUGAGAAGACUACAAAAAUCGCUGCAAGAGUGGGUGACGAACCCUAUCAAGUUCAAGGUGCCCCUGGUACCUGGAGAGGACUUCGAAGUGGAGCUUUCCAGUCCCAGAGUGACUAGCAAUCAUGUGUUCUAUGCCGAAACAGCUGCAUCUGAUGCUAACAGGACUAUGUAUUCCCCCUCCCCUGGUGAUCUUUGUGCCUUACCUCCUGUGUCUAGUCCGGGAUUGACAUUCACCAAUAAAAGACCUUAUUCUCCAAUGGACCCCAGUUGUCCGCCGUCUUCAAGUUCGAGUCCUGGUCCAAAUGUGCCCUCAGUGCAGCUGUCGCCUUGUCUGAUGGAAAACCAGAUUGCCAAACUUGCAGCUGCAGCUGAGAGGCUCAGUAAGCAGCUACCUCAGUUCGAACCGAAACCUCACAAUGCCAAAAAGAAGGUGUGCAAAGAACUAGAGUUGGUGAUGUCGAUGUCGGAAAAUGAUCCUAGGCGCAUGGACGAAAUUAGGCGAUAUGCAGCGAUAUACGGAAGGUUCGAUUGCAAAAGGAAACCUGAGAAACCUCUCACGUUACACGAAGUGUCUGUCAAUGAAGCAGCUGCUCAGAUUUGUAGGUUUAUCCCAGCUUUGCUCACUAGGAGGGAUGAACUCUUCCCUCUGGCUAGACAAGUUGUCAAAGAUUCUGGCUGUUAUUACUCCAAGACUCAACUAUCCACAGUUUACGUGAACAAAACUUUAGGAAUGAACCAAGAUAGUAGGGACGGAGAUAACAGCAUAUCAGCGAGGGGGAGUCCUAGGAUAUCGGAUAAUGACGGUUCGACGGUAAAACGGCAAAAGCUGGACUCGAACUCAGAUGGGGACGACCUCCGGCAGGAGUAUGAUGAUGGAGUUGUGAUCAGGUCGUCCUUGCAUUCGUUGUUCCAGCAGAACUUAAGAAACCAAUCCUCCAUAAGAGGUAAUAUAUCACGAAGAUCGUCAGUUGGAGUUGAAGUAGACGAAUCAGAUUCUCAAUUCACAUUUAGUAAUUCCAGUAGCCCCCAGCGAAAGCAAGAUGAUCAGCAAGAUGGCGAAGAAGAUCCUAGCAAGUAUUCUCCAAAGGUCCAAAUAGUCGCUGCCAGCGGCGACAACAUAAUCGCGGUCGCGAAUCCGGCCCUGGCGAUGUCGCCGGCGAUCCUACCACCACUUGCGGCCAUCAUCGAGGCCAGAGAGACCAGAGCUGAAGUAGACUAAGUGCCCAAGAAACCAACUGGACGAAUAAAUCAUUCAAACUGGGUGUUCCAAAGUAUGGGGCGAUCCUUAUGCAGAACACUAAAAAAUAAUGUGAAAGGAUCCUAUGAGGGUUUGCCCUGUGGGUUUCUGGACAUCACUGGAAAUCUUUUUUUUGUCAGAAGAACAUAAUAUCUCCAAAGGACACGACAAGCUUUUAUGGAAUUCGUCAUAUUAUUUUUUAUGUUCUGCAUAACUGCCAGAGGUUACUUACAUAUUUUGGGACACGCCGUACAUCAGAUGGAAUGUCCUAACUAUAACUUGAACCUAUAACGUUAACAAGCGUUGAUCAUUGAAGUUUCUCUCUUAAACAAGUUGUAAUACUGUGAUUUAUAUUUUAUCUGAAACUGUUUGCGAUGACUGAUACAUUGUAAGUUAUUAUUAGUGCAUAAUGCCCCAGUACUAUAAUAUAGUUCACCUUUCUUUUUUUCAUAAUCAAAAUAAACUUGUACUACUAACCUCUAUUUAUUCUCUUUAAACAAUAUUUUUAUUUUUUAUUAUAAUAUUAGCGAAU